UUGUGCAUGAAAAAGGAGAGCAUUGUGUCAAUAUUAGGUGCACGAGGGACUAUCGGUUAUAUUGCUCCAGAAAUUGUUUGCAGAAACUUGGGAGGAGUCUCUCACAAGUCUGACGUCUAUAGCUAUGGAAUGAUGGUCCUAGAGAUGGUAGGGGGAAGAAAAAAUGUUGAUGUUGGAGUUGAUCGUACUAGUGAAAUCUACUUUCCACACUGGCUCUAUCGACGAAUUGAGCUAGAUGAAGAGCUUCAAUUAAUUGGGAUAAUGAAUGAAGAGGAGAAAGAAUGUGCAAGAAAGAUGGUGCUGGCGAGUUUAUGGUGCAUACAGACUGAUCCCUCAAGUCAACCAUCGAUGAGCAAGGUUGUGGAAAUGUUAGAAGGGAACCUAGACUUUCUGCAAAUUCCUCCAAAGCCUUGCCUAUAUUCUUCCUCAAGAACAGAGGUAGGUUCAUCGGAAGUAGAACUGGCCUAGUCUUAUUUUGUUGUUAACUCUUAGCAAAAGCUGUAUUUUCUUUGACAACUGAAUUUAUUACUAGUUUCUCUGUUCUAUUUUAUGAGACACACUUUCCUUUGUAAUCUGUUUUGUACUAUAUCCCGUUGAAGUUUAAAUAAUCAAGUAUUUCCUUCAUCCCU